GAACAAACCACACGGUUGAUCGGAUAAGUUCGACAUCAGAGCCUUAACAGUCAAGUGCCAAAUUGAAGAACUUUGCGGACCCACAGACAUUCCAUUCGCGCAUGCGUUCGACAGAGCAGCAUAUGGGGAUCCACAGAAACGGCUACCAUCGACACAACUUCAUCAGACAUGGCAGCAGCAGCGAUUCGACCCAUGGGUCCAAUGGAUCUGCUCAAAUUCAACCCGUGUAAUCUCGACCACCUAACAGAAACCUACAACAUCGGCUUUUACCUCGAAUACUUCACAAAAUGGCCACACCUCUGCAAAGUCAUCGAAGGUCCAAGCGGCCAAAUCGAAGCCUACAUCCUCGGCAAAGUCGAGGCUUCACCAUACCCAGCACCUAUCGAGCCUUACGACCCAGGUCUGAAGAUCUAUCAGAAGAAGUUUUCCAAUUAUCUCCCCUGGCAUGCGCAUAUCACUUGUCUGACAGUGGCUCCAUCGGCUCGAAGACUGGGAUACGCGACGAAGCUCUCGGAAGCACUGGAAGAAGUUGGUGAUCAAGAAAAUGCCUGGUUCGUUGACUUGUUUGUGCGGGUUGAGAAUGAGGCUGCGAUUCAGCUGUACAAGAAAAUGGGCUAUUCCGUCUACAGGAGAAUAACAGACUACUACAAUGACGGAAGCGACGCCUACGACAUGAGGAAACCACUCAAGCGAGAUAAGCACCGCAAGACUGUUCGCGCCAAUGGCGAGAAUAUCAAAGUGAGUCCUGAUGAGGUGUGGUGAAAGACUGUAAGUCGCAUCAACCGGGUACAUCCUCGGAAUAGUGUCCAGCCGUGCCUGCCCUAGGAGGCAUAAGUCUCUUUGGACGAAUGUGGAAGGUUGUGCACGCCAAGAAACACAAGCGUGGAGAGGUUGGCAUCCGGAGAAUAAGAGGACAGGGGGUAUGCCCUGUUGUCAGAACUAUAUGUCUCACAUUGACGCUCGCAUAUGACAUUCACUGGUGCUGGGCCGUUGGUGCUGGGAGGCUUUCCGCGGACGCCCACGGACGUGGUGGGUGAGACCGAUCGUGCCCUAUGGUGCUAUGAGGCAUGGAAAGGAAAGUUCAAGGUAGAGGAAUGGAAACCAGCAAAUCAUGUCUCAUCGAAUGUCAUACAGCUAUGAAUCAUAAUACGAAAGGCAGCUCGGCGCGCUCGCUAGCCUAGGCCAUGGCGGACAUGCAAACUCCCAA